AUGCACAGUCAUCAGAUGGCUGUCUCCGCAGAGCUUCCCCGCCCCACGCUACCCACGCCUCUCAUUCUGGGUGGCGAGACCACAGUACCCACGUGCCGUUUUCGCCCCGGCCUACGACCCAUCCGCAUAAUUGACAUGAAUCAGUUCCGGUUUCGUCGGAAGCCGAAUUCGGAUCAUCAGACACCCUCCUCUUCACCGAAGUUUUUCAGAAAAUCCGUGAUUUGCUCAGCUACUUUACCAAAGCAGACGGCAGCCACCGCCUCCUCCAGACGUCAACCCCUGAAGGCUUUUCCUCAGGAUACAGUCAGCGCUCAGAUGAGCUUGCGUGACUUAAGCCUACAGUCGUCCGCUGGGAAUGCCUAUACAAUCAGUUCAAAGGCUUCACAAUUACCCUAUACGGAGAAGAAAUCCACUCGCAUCACAACCAAUCCCGUGUAUCGUCGUCACAGCUCUGCAAGCAUAACCCAGUCCAGCAGCGGUGAUGACGAAAUUUUGAAACCAGAUGAAGAUGCUGUACCUGGCAACAACAGAAAGAGACGCAGUGCCCUCUUCAGUUUGUCCAAAAAACGGCGUGAAAGCUUCAGUUCCCUGACGGAUACAAAGUCCACUGGCGGAGUGAUCACCCGUCUGCGUUCCUCGGCUCAGCUCACCUACGAGGUGAUGAAGAGGGCUGUUCGACGACGAUCACAGACGGCCCUCUCCUCCUGCGGCGGAGGACGUUCGCCUCACCAGCGGUCAGACGUGGAGCCGACUGCAGCCGCGGCGGCGGCUACAGAUGACGAAAGACUCAGUUUUUGA